AUGACGACGAGCAUCCCGCUGCCCUACCGCCUGUUCUUUCUCUACGUCGAACCCAUCUUGGCACUUGCGGGAGCCUACUACGCAGCCUCCCAACCCGCCGCCUACAUCCACGACCUUUCUCUCCCCUCUUUGCACCUGCUGGCGAUGCCGCUGAGCGCGCAGUCCGCGAUAGUGCUGCUUCAGCUGGCCAACUUGUACCUCCUCUUCGCGCUCAACGAGCAUCUCGUGCUCUCUUCAACGGCUUCGCUAAAGACGUGGCGCCGGCUGCUCUUCGUCAUUCUCGUGGCCGACUUUGUGCUGGGGGAGUGUGGGUUUCGUGUAUGCUGGGGCAUCUACACGGAUAGCGUUUCUGUUGGGUGUGGCACUGCGCCCGGGAGACGGGGGGUGCCGGUAUGA